AUGUCUGCCUCCUUCAAGAUUACGGAUCUUCUUCCCCUCCAAAAUUCGAGUGCCCGCAUCCCGCGCCUCGGCUUCGGCGUCUAUCGCUCCCCCACCAACCAGUGCGUGCAGUCCUGCCUGAAGGCAUUGGACGCCGGCUACCGACACAUCGAUACAGCACAAUUCUACGCCAAUGAAGCGGAAGUUGGCGAGGCAUUGCGCACCACCAGCGUCCCCAGAGAUCAGAUCUUCGUCACGACCAAGAUCCUCAGCCCUGCAGUCUCGGUCGAGGCUACCUACGAUAAAUUGUUGGCUUCCGUGCACAAGAUCGGCGGCGCAGAUGGAUAUGUUGAUUUGUUCCUGAUUCACUCCUCUAGCUCAGGCUCUGCUGGGCGGAAGCUUUUGUGGCAGGCGCUUGAGAAGCUCUACGCGGAGGGUAAGACGAAGAGUAUCGGGGUUAGCAACUUCGGUGUGGGGCACAUCGAGGAGAUGCGCUCAUAUGCGCAAGUGUUCCCGCCUCAUGUUAAUCAAAUUGAGGUCGGUGCUUUUGCUUCUACUACUACUCUUCUGACUACUUGGCUUCACCCGUGGUGCCAACAGCGCGUCAUUGACGAAUACUGCCAGAAUAAUGGUAUUAUUGUCGAGGCGUAUUCGCCCAUCGUGCGAAACUAUAAAGCCAACGACCCAACACUAGUGGAGGUCGCAAAGAAAUACGGCAAGUCCACCCAGCAGGUCUUGAUCCGCUUUGCGCUACAGAAGGGCUGGGUGCCUCUGCCCAAGACCGACAACCCCGACCGAAUCGUGGCCAAUGCGGACGUUUUCGACUUCAAUAUCAGCGUGGAGGAUAUGGCCGUGCUUGAUUCCUUUGACCAGGGCAGUGCCGGCGCUAUUGUAGAGGCCGUGGACAACGAAUGA